GCAUCAAAUGUUUUUAUUUUAAUUUUCGGGUUGUCUGUUUGUCGACGCUCAUCGGCGCGGAGCUCCGACAACGAGGUGAGAAGGAAGCCGCCGGAGGUGGAAGAGCAGUGGCGAUGCCCGCGAAGAACUUCAGGAAGAGACGACUUGAACAAGAUGAACUUGGGACCGAAUCCGAGGAUGAAGACGACCGCAGGAUGGCGUUGGAGGAGGUAAUGUUUCUCCAAAAGCAGCGGGAGAGGAAGACUGGCAUUUCGGCUCUUCCGAGUGCACAAACUGGAAAUAGCGGCCUCGUCCGCUCCGGAGACAAGGCCGAGGGCGAUGGGGAGAAGGAGGAUCUCGUCCUGCAGGAUACUUUCGCACAGGAAACCGCCGUUAUCGUUGAGGAUCCCAACAUGCUAAAGUAUGUAGAUCAAGAACUCGCGAAGCAAAGAGGCAAGAAGAUCGAUUCUGGUAAGAAAGAGGAUAAAGAUCCCAUGGACGAGCUAUAUGCCAUACCGGAGCAUCUAAAGGUGAAAAAAAGGAAUUCAGAGGAAAGUUCUACGCAGUGGACCACUGGAAUCGCGGAAAUUCAACUUCCCAUCGAGUACAAGUUGAGGAAUAUUGAAGAGACUGAGGCGGCCAAGAAGAUUCUGCAAGAAAAAAGGCUUACAGGUAGAACAAAAUCAGAAUCAAGCAUUCCUUCAAGUUACAGUGCAGAUUAUUUUCAUCGUGGCAGAGAUUAUGCUGAAAAACUUCGGAAAGGUUAG